ACACCAAACACAUGAUGAGUGGAUGUUCCAAAAUUGUCAAAAUAAAUACACCCACGAAUCUUCACUUCUUCAACAUUUGGAUUCCCAAUUUCCCCAACCACCAUGGCGACAAUGGCCGCCACCCACUUCUUCCACAGCUGCUCCGGCGACGGUCUAUCAAAAUUCAGCAACCCACUUGCAGGUGGAAUUUUGAAACAAUCAUCUUCUGUUUGUAAGUUCAAAGGCUUCUCAUCUGGUCAACAUGGUUGCAGAAGUCAUGUGAUUAAAGCCACAUCUGAUGCAAGAAAGCAGCAAGUGGAGAUUGUGUAUAAUCUUGAUGAGAAGCUCAAUAGAUUGGCUGAUGAGGUGGAUAUGAAUGCUGGAUUGUCAAGACUUACUCUCUUUUCUCCUUGCAAGAUAAAUGUUUUUCUACGAAUAACGAAUAAGAGGCCAGAUGGGUUUCAUGACUUGGCAUCUCUAUUUCAUGUGAUCAGUUUGGGAGAUAAGAUAAAGUUCUCCUUGUCACCAUCAAAAUCUACAGAUCGCCUGUCAACUAAUGUGGCGGGAAUUCCACUUGACGAAAGAAAUUUGAUUAUAAAGGCCUUGAAUUUAUACCGCAAGAAGACUGGAAGUGACAAAUUCUUUUGGGUUCAUGUUGAUAAAAGAGUUCCAACCGGGGCCGGGCUUGGUGGUGGAAGUAGUAAUGCUGCAACCGCUCUUUGGGCGGCAAAUCAGUUCAGUGGUGGUCUAGCCACUGAAAAAGAACUCCAAGAAUGGUCCGGUGAGAUUGGUUCAGAUGUCCCCUUCUUCUUCUCCAAUGGAGCCGCCUAUUGCACCGGUAGAGGUGAGAUGGUUCAAGAUAUACCCUCACCUGUACCUUUCGACUUACCAAUGGUUCUUAUUAAGCCUCCCGAGGCAUGCUCCACAGCUGAAGUUUACAAGCGGUUCCGGUUAGAUGUAUCAAGUACGGUUGAUCCUUUAGCCCUGCUGGAGAAGAUAUCAAAGAAUGGAAUAUCACAAGACGUUUGUGUAAACGAUUUGGAACCGCCUGCAUUUGAAGUGCUUCCAUCUUUAAAAAGAUUAAAACAACGCAUAAUUUCUGCGGGGCGUGGAAAAUAUGAUGCCGUUUUUAUGUCUGGAAGUGGAAGCACGAUAGUAGGGGUUGGAUCACCGGAUCCCCCACAGUUUAUAUACGAUGAAGAAGAUUAUAAGGACGUCUUCUACUCAGAAGCUAAGUUCAUCACACGUGUGGAUCAACAAUGGUACGCAGAACCAUCUUCAUCAAAUGCCGAUUCACUUGCAGACCGAUCCAGUUUCACUGCAUAAUCCAAAGAUGGAUGUUUGUGUUGCUGUAUGCUUAAUAAUCCUUUUAGGAUCCACUCAUGAUCCUUUUUUUUAUAUAUAUUAAUGAACAUUAGUUUGGAUUUUUUUCAUAUCAAUGUUGUAGUGAUACUUAGCCAUUAAGUUCAAGCCUCAAGGGGCAUGUGUUACCUAGUUAACAACACUUGUCAACAUUGUCAAUUUUAUAGCCUGUUAUAACCAA